UUUGUUCGCUUCACCUCACUGCUUUUGCAGGUUUAUUUUUCGCAUCGUCUCCAUUGAGCAGAAUAAUAAGUGUUUCUGUAGCUCCAUUGAACCAUAACAUUUUUGUUUUCAACAUCAACUUAUUCAGCAGCUGAGAAGGAGAGAGAGAGAGCAACAAGCAAUUGACAUAGACAACAAUGGUGCACGUCUCGUUUUACCGCAACUAUGGGAAAACUUUCAAGAAACCCCGUCGUCCAUACGAGAAGGAAAGAUUAGAUGCUGAACUGAAGCUUGUUGGAGAAUAUGGGCUUAGAUGCAAAAGAGAGCUUUGGAGGGUUCAAUAUGCACUCAGCAGAAUCCGUAAUGCUGCAAGAAUGCUUCUGACCCUUGAAGAAAAGGACCCACGUAGGAUCUUUGAAGGUGAAGCCCUUAUGAGAAGGAUGAACAGAUAUGGGCUGUUGGAUGAGAGCCAAAACAAGCUAGAUUACGUUCUUGCCCUUACUGUUGAAAACUUUUCUUGA